GUUGAUGCUGACGCAGUUUGACAAUGCCAAGUUGAAUGGGAGGAGCCUUUCCUAAUGCAGCAUACGGCUCAAGCUGCAGAAGCAGUCUCCUGCAGCACUCUGCUGUGCGAGAAACCUACGACGUCGAGCGAGCAAGGAAGGAAGAUAAGCAGUAAGGUGCUUCUGACUGAAUGACGCAUAAUUCUGGCCCAUGCUGCUGCAAACUACAGAACAUCCUAACACCCAAAUCCUCACCUCCGCAUACCUUGCUGUGUUAGUAGGGCAAAUAUACCGUUAUUUAUUUACUUAUUAAUAUUUGUUCCGAUAAAAAGCACCUCCUUUGAUAUCGGAGUAUUAAUUGCUGCUUCUUUUAUUUAUUUAUAUUUCAACAUAAGAAAAAAAAAAAAAACCUGGUGUACAGCACACACCCGUUUAAUAUUUAUAGUGUUUUAAGAGGCGGCUGCUGCACCUGCAUUGAUUGCCGCUUCGCAUCCCCGGGAGGAAGGAGAGACUCUCAGCACGAAUAUAAUUUAUAUUUGUUGAAGGGUUGAACCAUGCCGUGCAGCCUGUGGCUCUCUCUAUCCCUUUGCUGAGGCGCCGGUUUUGGCAUCAUGGAUACUUGUCUGUUCGCUUUACUAGGAUCCCAAAGUAACCGUAUUGUAAAUGGAGGAAGACAUUGACACCCGCAAAAUCAACAACAGUUUUCUUCGCGACCACAGCUAUGCAACGGAAGCUGACAUAAUCUCCACUGUCGAAUUCAACCACACAGGAGAGUUGCUCGCGACAGGGGACAAGGGAGGGCGGGUGGUAAUAUUCCAGCGAGAGCAGGAGAGUAAAAACCAGCCUCACAGAAGAGGGGAGUACAAUGUCUACAGUACCUUUCAGAGCCAUGAGCCAGAGUUCGAUUACCUGAAAAGCUUGGAGAUCGAGGAAAAGAUCAACAAAAUCAGAUGGCUUCCUCAGCAGAACGCUGCAUACUUCCUGCUGUCCACAAACGAUAAAACAGUCAAACUCUGGAAGAUCAGUGAAAGAGAUAAAAGACCGGAAGGUUAUAAUCUCAAGGAUGACGAUGGCAGAAUUCGAGAUCCUUCCACAAUCACAACACUACGGGUACCUGUACUGCAGCCCAUGGACCUCAUGGUUGAAGCCACGCCCAGGAGAGUAUUUGCCAACGCACACACAUAUCACAUCAACUCCAUAUCCGUCAACAGCGACUACGCGACCUACAUGUCCGCAGAUGACUUGAGGAUCAAUCUCUGGAAUCUGGAAAUAACUAACAGGAGCUUUAAUAUUGUCGAUAUCAAGCCUGCCAACAUGGAGGAGCUGACAGAGGUGAUCACAGCCGCAGAGUUCCACCCCAACCAGUGCAACACCUUCGUCUACAGCAGCAGCAAGGGCACCAUCCGGCUGUGCGACAUGAGAGCGAUGGCGCUGUGCGACAAGCACGCCAAAUUCUUUGAAGAACCAGAGGACCCCAGUAAUAGAUCCUUUUUCUCUGAAAUAAUCUCUUCGAUUUCCGACGUCAAGUUCAGUCACAGCGGGAGGUACAUGAUGACCCGGGAUUACCUCACAGUCAAGGUCUGGGACCUAAACAUGGAGAACAGACCUAUAGAGACAUACCAGGUGCAUGAUUAUCUAAGGAGCAAGCUGUGUUCACUCUAUGAAAACGACUGCAUAUUUGAUAAAUUCGAAUGUGUCUGGAAUGGAUCUGACAGCGUUAUAAUGACCGGCUCCUAUAACAAUUUCUUCCGAAUGUUUGAUCGCAAUACCAAACGGGACGUGACUCUGGAGGCUUCGAGAGAGAACAGCAAGCCGAGAGCCAUCCUGAAACCUCGCAAAGUGUGUGUGGGAGGGAAGAGAAGGAAGGACGAGAUCAGCGUGGACAGCCUGGACUUCAGCAAGAAGAUCCUGCACACCGCGUGGCACCCUUCAGAGAACAUUAUAGCCGUGGCCGCCACUAACAACCUCUAUAUAUUCCAGGACAAAGUGAACUAGGAUUCUUCUGUACUCCAUCAGUACCAACUCUAGUGGCUAAUUAGUAAAUAUUGGAUCUUUUUUUUUUUUUUUUUAAUCUUGUCACUUUUUUUUGCGUUAUAGUCUGGAAUUAAUAAAACAUUGGGGGUGAUCAUUGUAAUACAGGGGGACUUGUGUUUUAGAAAAUAAAAUCAAUAAAAACAACCUCAGUGCCACAAAUCCAACACUCCUGUUUUGAUGAUACUAGGUGCUGCUGGUCUGUUGAUAGAAAACUGGAAUUUUUCUUUUCUCUGCACAACCACCCCUAUUUAUUUUCACACACCGGCAAAAGUUUUUUUUUUUUUGUUUUUUUUUUUAAGUCUGUUUUCCAAUUUGCCGCAGAAGGAAACUUUUAAAUGCUAUGUUUGAAACCUAAGAAUUGCAAAAAUGAUCUAUUCUUUACUGUUUUUUUUUAUUUUUAUUUGUUCUGUCUUCAUAGUGCAAUCUGUACAGAUAAUUUAGUUAGACUAUUGUUUGCGUGAUCGUUCGGAGCUGAACAGGUCGUGUAAAAUCCCACUGAUGCGUCAUGCAAAUGGUACAGCUUCUCACGAAAGGAAGUUGUGAUCCGAGCUGUCUGAACCCAAGCCAAUGGGAGCGUUUCGCUGUGUUAUCGCAUCUCUCAACCCCGCUUCCUCAUCUCAGUUUGGCUGGACUUGUAUGGUACUUUUGAACGGACACUGCAAGGAGGGACUUCCAUUGAGCAGUUUGGUUUCUUUUGUAGAAGCUGUGGUGCCUUUUUGUGGAGCACAGAUUGCUGAGCUUGUGAGCUAGUGGGUCUGUUCUGAACCAACCUGCCUUUUUAGCUGCGAUCGACAUCACUAAGCUUACAUGGCUUGUCCAGAUGGGGAGGGAGGUCUGUGAAGCCUCAACUGUUAUACACCCCUUAGAAUGGCUGCUGAUUUUGAAAUCCAGCUCAUUUUAUACUUGCAAGAAACCAAUGCAAUUUUAUAAAUGCAAAAAGAAAAACUAGAGUCCCAGUGCCUCAUGUGAAGCAUGUUAUAAAAUGCAGAUUUGUGUGAUAACUGAUAACAAUGUUAUAUAGCUGUGGGGUAAUGGAAGAAGCAUUACAGUAUCCUUUCCAUUGGUAAGUAACUUCUGUCCAGACAAGCAGUAUUUGAAGGCAAUGUCAUGACUUCAAAAUCAGCAGCAAUUUCAGCAUCACACUAAUUAAAAGGUGUUUUUUAAAAAAAAAAAAAAUCCCUUUCACAUUGCUAUCUAAAUCUUUUAUUCAUCUGUACAUUUAAUUUGUGUUUGUUUGUAAAAAUGUGUUUUAGUUUAUUUAAGUCAUUGGUAUUAUUAUAAAUUAGUUCUAUUUAAUGUUUUUUAUGCUGCUAAUUUCUUGUAUUUUGCUACAACCAGUGUUUGAACCUGUAAUAGCUGCUUCUGGAAAAUUAAUGUCAAAAAGGUUAUACAUAAAAAAAAAAAAAAACCUUU